AUGAAGACUAUCCGUCGGAUCUUGACAACAGCGUUGGCGCUCUCGUUGGAGCUAUGCCAGGGCCACGGACUAAGCUCCAACACGACAAUUGACCGCCGCCAGACAGGCGGCGAAUCAACGUAUGGGGAAAGAGCUGUCAUGCAUGUGUACCGCGGCGAGAUACGGAGAACCCCCGAGCAGGUGAAACAAGACGGCGGCUUUUAUUCGCGAGGCGUGCAGAGAAUACUUUCCGGCAACCCGCCUUCUGUGGAGGAAUUGGAACUAGGCAGCAGCCUAUAUCGCCAUGCCGCCGGGGACACGGCUGAAUUUACACGCUACGUCUCGACAAGUACUGAUCCCGGUGUGUCACUCACAUUUGCCGUUGAUGAUGAAAGACCAACUGGAAAGGGAUACAUUUACAAGAUUCACGCCAGUCAAAGAUUGGUCGAUUUGAACAGGUCUCUUGGAAAAUAUUCACCCUACCCAGGCCAACACGAGUAUGUAGCCAUGGAGUUUAUUCCAUUUGAGCAGAUUGAAGGGUGGUGGACGGUGACGUAUCAGGAUGACUUUUCCGAUCCUGCAAUUGGUAGGCGGACUCGCAUGCAGCUGCGUGAGGGCAAUCUCAGGGGUUUCCACCAGAACCCAGAUUUUGACAAUAGCUUCAAAUAUGCAAGAACCGGCGGCAUGGCACCACAACUCGCCGGGUUUCCUCGGCUCUCGGCUGCGUGGGAGGACAGAAGCUGGCAGGAAUACAAGACGAUUCCCGUCAGCAAAAGCCUAGACGACAUGAUUGGGGCGGCAUGUGCCGGCAAGGCCAGCUGCCGCCUGGAGAGGAUAACUCCAAAGGUCGCUUCGUGGAGGUUCAAUAAACUGACAACGUCCAAGGCUCUCGCCAGCAACGGGCCGAUAGACCCCACAAAGCAAAGGAAACCCUUCAGUGGCUUCCGUGUAUAUGGAAAAGCAGCUACGUUGGUCGGCAUCCAAGCUCUGGCGCCGCACAUGCGACAGGUGCUGCACUGGUUGCGCGAGUGGGAUCACCCCAUCGGGCAUGCCGUGAGAUGGAUAGAUGACCAUAUCAACGAGCUCCAACAGAUGAUUGGAGGACCGCCGCGUAGCGACAUCAGCGGGAACGAUAACCAGGCAGCUCUGAUUAACUUCUUCAAGUACAUCUUUUGGUUGCUGCAGGGCAGCGACAGGAAGCCGGAACAGCUCGACCUCCUGUCGUACGGUGAGAAGACGAGGAGACGGCUGGUUAGUGUCAACGACAUUCUGCGCACCUGCGACCGCGUUGAUGAGCAGCCGCCCGAGGACGCGCUCUUGAGAGACAAUCUGCACGAGUCUUGCUCCGAGAUGCGCGACAAGGCAAUGGAGGUUGAGGGGCUGACAGAGGAAGAGGUCGUGGUCGGACGCAACCUGUGCAGCUCGUGUCAAACUUGUACGUGGGAGCCAGAGCAUGGUCUGUGUAGGGACAAGGCGGGAACAAUUGUCUGGCCACGAGAGCCGCUUCCCGAAGGCGACCAGUACGCACCAACGCUUCAAACAGGCGAAAAUCCUUGUAAAGCUUCGAGGAAAAGGGCGAGAGGAGCAGCAGAGGCGUGA